AUGGGCAUACUAAACCCCGUAGACAACAAAUACAACUUCCAGCCAGACAAGGACAUUCCAGACCUAUCAGGCAAAGUCAUUAUUGUGACCGGCGGAAACAAUGGAAUCGGCAAGGCCACUGUUGUGGCACUGGCAAAACACAAUGCCGGUCGCAUCUACCUCGCGGCGCGUUCAAAGGCCAAGUACGACGACGCAAUGGCGUCGGUGCGUGAGGCCGCGCCUGGGGCAAAGGUCGAAUUCUUGGAGCUCGACCUCGCCUCGUUUGCCUCCAUCAAGCGAGCUGCCGAUCAAGUCAUUGCUUCCAACGACCGGCUGGACAUUUUGAUCAACAACGCUGGGGUCAUGGCCCUGCCUCCGGCGCAGACCGUGGAAGGCUACGAAAUCCAGUUUGGCACGAAUCACAUGGGCCAUGCUUUAUUGACGAAGCUUCUCCUUCCCCUGCUUCUCAAGACUGCCGAACUCUCGGACGUGAGAAUAGUCAAUGUCACCUCCACUGGUUACAUGCUUGCGCCCAAAGGCACGUUUCUCCCCGACCAAGUGCGAACUUCAAUGAGUGACUUCCACACAUACGUUCGCUACGGUCAAUCGAAAAUGGCAAACGUCCUUCACGGCCGCGAACUAGCCCGACGAUAUCCUCAAAUACUGUCGACAUCAGUGCACCCAGGACGAGUGGCGACGCCCCUACUCGACCACAUGAUGACCAACCACUCCUUCACCACCUACUUUCAAAAGUUCUUCGACGCUCUUGCCGGGAAAUUGACCCCGGAGAUGGGUGCAUGCAACACACUUUGGUGUUCGACAUGGAAGAGAGAGGACGUGCAAAACGGCGGCUUCUAUACUCCCAUUGGAAAAUUGGAUGCGGGGGAAAAAAGAAGUCAGGAGGUAGAGAUGGCCAAGAAACUUUGGGAUUGGCAGGAGGAGGAGUUUAGACAGCAUGGCUAUGCCUAG